CAGAGUUUUAAACAUUUAUUAUUGUGAAGGCAACAACGCCUAUAAUUUCGAAUUCAAUCACCGCGAUUUAUUUAAAUUUUUUUUGACAAUAGUAUGGAAAAGGUUAAGGAGCGCAUCAGACUUUUAAAAGAUAAGAUCGAAGACGCUGAACAACGAGAGGCUGACGAUGCAUUAGCGACGAAAGAACUUGAGGCAAAGAUUGAUAUACUGGGCGGUGAAAAGACGACUUUAUUGAGCAGAAUAAAUGUAGUGAAAGCGGAUUUACUUAAAGUGAAAAAUCAGCUGGAUGAAAAGGAAACGAAGCUAGAUGACGCUUUAGCAAGAAAUGAGAAUUCAGAAAUACGUGUGAAAGAGCUAGCCGAUACCGAAGUGGAUGGUUAUGAGCGCUCUGAUAAGAUUGAGAGUACUUUGAAGGAGGCGGCCAUUAAUAAGGAGAGGGCUGAUCACAUGCUGGUAGAAGCUGAACGAAAAAGCAUUCUUGAGCAAGAAUUGGUGCGUAUAGAGGAAAAAUAUGAGAAGGAACAAGAACGCGGCGAUGAGUUGAAAAAAACCUUAGAUGGCUACACAGAUCAAAUGCGUGACUUGGAAGAGAAAGAUCGCGAUGCCUCUGAACGGGAGGAUGUUAGUGAAGAUAGAAUGAAGUUUCUGGAAUCACAAAUUCGUGUGACAUUGAGCUCGGCAGAAUCACAUGAACGUGAAGCAGUUAAACUAGAGAAUUUAAAUGCUACAUUGAACGAUGAAGUCAAAUCCUUCAAGGAGAAAUACGAAAAUGUACUACGAGAAAUGGACGAAGGAAUGGAAGAUCUUAUUAACGACGAUUGACUUCAUUCGUCCAUUCAACUACGUCUUCAUUGUCUCUCUCUAUGUUCAAUUUAACAAUACGAAUUUAAAUGAUGGCAUAUGAAUCGUUGAGUUUAAGAAAAUACGAUAGUUUAUAUUUCAGGUGUUAUAGAUAUUUAAUAGAUAGAAGAUAUUGCUCAGAACUGUGGAAAUAAAUUCAAACAGAAGCACACAUGAUAAUUAGUCAUCCUUGGAUAAUACUCAUUGUUUUUACACUAUGAAAUGUGAUAUGCAAUUUAACAGUGAUUAUACGUCCAUCAUUAUGAAAGAAAUCUUGAUUGUACACAUAUAUUUUACGUGUUGUCAAGUUAAUUAGAUCGCUUUACGCUGGAUAAACUUUGAAA